AUGUUCCUGUCUACAAGACUGUGGAUCUGUCUUUCUGUUCCUUUAAAUGAUAACCUGCUGAACAUCAGAUUAUCGCACAAAAUCGGAACCCGUGGUGGAUUGUCUCUCUCGAAAGCCUUGACCAACCACUCCCCAGUCGCAACCACAAACCCACUCCGAACAUCCAUCAUCCCGACCAUGAUCUCACAAGCUAUCACCCGAAGCUAUCGGGUUUCGCCGACCCUUCGCCCCUCCGCAACUUUUUCUAGCCGGUCUCUGGCACCCCAGCUAGCACGACGGUUCGCUUCUCAAACCGAUCAGACGGAGUAUGACGUCGUGGUGAUUGGCGGUGGACCUGGUGGAUAUGUUGCGGCCAUCAAGGCUGCUCAAUUGGGCCUCAAGACAGCCUGUGUUGAGAAACGAGGGGCGUUGGGUGGAACCUGUUUGAACGUCGGUUGUAUACCUUCCAAAGCCAUGUUGAACAACAGUCAUAUCUAUCAUCAAACACUUCACGAUCUCAAAAACCGUGGAAUCGAUGUCGGCGACGUCAAGCUAAACCUGCCCAACAUGCUCAAAGCAAAGAACAAGGCGGUUUCCUCUCUUACCAAGGGAAUCGAAGGGCUGUUUAAAAAGAACAAAGUCGACUACAUCAAAGGACAUGGCGCACUAUCAUCAACAACCUCUGUGACGGUCGAUUUGAUCGACGGUGGAAAGCAAGAUCUGUCGACCAAGAACAUCAUCAUUGCCACUGGUUCUGAGGUGUCUCCGUUCCCCGGUGGAGCAAUCGAGAUUGACGAGAAGCGGAUCGUCUCAUCGACUGGUGCGCUUGAUCUCCAAGAAGUUCCCAAGAAGAUGGUUGUCAUUGGAGGUGGGAUCAUCGGACUAGAAAUGGGAUCUGUAUGGAGCCGGCUGGGUGCCGAAGUGACGGUGGUUGAAUAUCUUGGGACGAUCGGUGGCCAGGGUAUCGACGGCGAGAUCGCCCAGAGCUUCCAGAAAAUCCUCAGCAAGCAGGGCAUCAAGUUCAAACUGAAUACCAAGGUGACCGGACUCGAAAAGAUUGACGAGCGAAACCACCAUGUGAAGAUCGAGUCAGCCGAUGGUGCCAAGACUGAUCAGCUCGAAGCAGAUGUCGUCUUGGUUGCCGUUGGGCGACGCCCCAACACCUCCGGACUGAACUUGGAGGCCGUCGGCGUCGAAGUAGAUCAGAGAGGCAAGGUCGUGAUCGAUAGCCAAUACAGCACUUCAGUCCCCAACAUCAAAUGUAUCGGUGAUGUCACUUACGGACAAAUGUUGGCGCACAAGGCCGAGGAAGAAGGUAUUGCAAUUGCCGAAAUGCUUAAGACAGGCCAUGGCCACGUCAAUUACGAUGUCAUCCCAUCCGUCGUAUACACUCAUCCAGAAGUGGCUUGGGUGGGUAAGACUGAAGAAGAUCUCAAGAAAGCGAAUGUGAAGUAUUCAAUCGGAAAGUUCCCAUUCCUGGCUAAUUCGAGAGCAAAGACCAACGACGACUCGGAAGGAAUGGUGAAAUUCCUUACUGAGAAGGAGACCGACAAGAUCCUUGGUGUUCACAUCAUCGGACCUAACGCCGGCGAGAUGAUUGGCGAGGCUGUCUUGGCGAUGGAAUACAGCGCCAGUGCCGAAGAUGUCGCUCGAACAAGCCAUGCCCAUCCUACAUUGAGUGAGGCAUUUAAGGAAGCCGCCAUGGCCGCAACUGGCAAAGCAAUUCACUUCUAG